UUAUCAUUCAAUUAUGUAUACCGACAACAAUAAUGACUUUGAUCUAAACAUGUCAAAACUUGUUAAUAUUUGUAUCAUAUGUCAUUGCAUCAAAUAUAAACUAUGAAGAUUGAUGUUUUUUCUCACUGCCGAUAAAAGUUUAAAGAGGGUUUCAUUGUGCGGAAAUAUAAAAAAUCUCGGAAAGUAUUUAUUUCAUUUCACUGGAAUUGACACUAAAACUAUACGUAAAUGCGAGCCUUUACAAUUUUCUAUAAGUGUAAAUAACUUGUAAGGAAAAGGACUUGAACAGUUUGCUGAUUUUUUUUUUCAUGACUUUGACUUCUGAGAAUAUAAAACUUCAAGUUAAAUUUUUAAGAAGCUGGAAUAAACGUGCGAGAUGAAUAUUAGCUCAAGAACAAAAUAUGUUAGAUAUAGCAAAAGAAAUUGUGUGAUUUUGUGCUACUUGAACGCAUUUGUGCUGCUAUUUAUAGUAUACAAUAAUACGGAAUUAAUGCUAGCAGAUACAUACGGAAAUUAUACAAUUCAAAUGUUACCAAAUUUGGAAAAUCUUAUCAACUGGACGAAUCCGAAGUACCCAACGAACGUGAGUUAUAUCCUAGAGAAUGAUCAAUUAUGUGCAUCUGUUCAAGAUUUAAGCGUUUUAAUUAUAGUGAAUUCAGCAACAGGCCAUUUUUCCCGGAGACAAGCUAUCAGAAAAACUUGGGCUAACAAUAGAUAUUAUUCUCACCUUGGAACAGUCAGGGUCCUUUUUCUACUUGGAAUGGACAUGAACUCCAAAGUUCAGACGGGAAUAGAAGAAGAGUCUGGAAUAUUUAGAGACAUUUUGCAAGGUGACUUCACGGACACUUAUCGAAAUCUGACACAUAAGGGUGUAAUGGGUUUUAAGUGGAUAACAGAACGUUGUCGGAAUGCUAAAAUGAUAAUGAAAGUUGACGACGAUUUUGUUGUAAAUAUGUUCGUAUAUUUUCAAAAACUAAACGGACCUUUAAAACAUAUAAAUGUUUAUUGUGAGCGCAUGGAGGGUAAAAUUCAAAGAAAAAAUGAAAGCAAAUGGUUUGUUAGUACUGACCAUUUUAGGGGAGAAACCCACUACAAAGAAUAUUGCGAGGGAAAAUUUGUCAGUAUGACUAAUGAUUUUAUUCCAGCUUUGUAUGAAUCGGCAAUUAAAACUCCAUUUUUCCCUUACGAUGAUGUGUCAUUAUUUGGAUAUGCUAUGCAUAAUAUACCAGGUCUCAAAUAUAGAUCAGAAACAAAAAGUAUGGCUCGUAAACGUGAUGUUGGAAUGAAAUGUUUAAAUGAAAAAAAGAAUAAAUGUGACAUAUUUGUGAUAGCUUCUGAUAGUGCUGAAAAUAUAUCGAAAACAUGGUCUAUUGUUUUGAAACACUUUAAUUGAA